AGUGAGAGAAAAAGAGACCUUUCGCCAGCGAAUUGGCCCAGUAUCAAUUCGGCCGUGUUCCCAUAAUGUCCGCCAGCGGUCGUCGCUUCUGUCGCAGCCGUUGCCAAAGUUGUCAUUGUCAUCCGUACCAGCAGCAGCAGAAGCAAUAUCCACAGCAGCAACACUAAGCAGCAGCAGCAGCAGCAACAUUCACGGCAGCAACAUCUAUAGGAGAAGCGGAGCAGCAGCAGCUUAAAAAUACAUUUUUCACAAUGAAGCAAACGAGCGGAGAUAGUAAAAUGUGUGCCACAGCAGGAAACAACAGGAAAUCAAAGAAAUCCUCAAAGAACCUGAACUAUAUAGACAGCCAGAAGGAAUAAAUCUCAAUAAUAAUAAUAAACAAAAAAGAAAAUAAAACAACAGAAGCCUGAGGAGAAGGAAAAACCAGCGAGAGAAAUAAUCACAAAACAACAACCAGAAAGAAAGAAAGCUUUAACUAAAAUAUUUUUAACUAUACAAUAUACAUAAAUAUAUAUACAUACAUAUAUAUAUAUAUAUAAAUUAAUUAUAGAAAUAGCAACUUAAGUGUUUAGUGGAUAAAUGAAUUAAUUUUUAAACAAAAUAACUGGGAAAAUCAAGCAAGUGUACAGACCAAAAGAGCGAGGGCAGCUUCUGAUUUUCGGUGAUAUGGUGUAAAUGUGAUAAACAACGUUCUAAAAAACAUAAAAAACAUAACAACAAAAAACAAGCAAACGUUUUAAAAAUCAAUUACCACAAUAACAAACAAACAAACAAAGAAAAGAAAAACUUAAAAAUACCUUACGAAUAGUGUUUUAUUUUUCCUUCCUUCGCAAAGUUUUUUGCCACGAAAAUCCAAUACAAUAACUAUUUAUCUACAAGUACUAAGCAUUGCAUCUUAUAAACAAACUAAACUAAAACUAAACUAAUCUAAGUCGCACAAAACCAAAGCAAAUCGAGUGAAAACAACAACAACAACAGCGUCAGAGAUUUUUGGUUUAACCUAUUUUAUAAACAAAAUAUUCUCUCAACUGCACUGCCGCAACUUUUCGACAAAUAUGAUUUUUUUUUUCUGAAAGAAUAAUAAAUUAAAAACCAUUAUUAAAUAUUCGUACAAAUAUAUUAAAA